GAUGGGUCCAAGUGGUCUCUCGGUGGGCCCGGUGGAGACAAGGGAAUUCCCCCGCUGAUCCUCGCAGAGGACGAGUACAUCGAAGAGGUGCGUCACGAAAGUCUUCCGCAGUGGUGGUACGUAGGAUCGUCACUGGAGUUCCGCACAAACAAGGGCAAGAUCUUCCGCCAUGUCGCUGGCUGGGGAAGUGGAGAGGAAGAAGAUAUGGUGUGCUUCAAAGCAAAGCCUGGGAAGUGCAUCAUGCGCUUGCUCUUGCAUGAUGGCGAGCUCCGAGGGAUCAUCGAAGAAGAUUGCCACGUGGCACAGGGCGCGGAACUCGAGAUGUUCAUGGCCUACUGGACUCAGGAAGAUGGGCAUGGAAGCAGCGGCAUGCGAGAGGUUAAAUGCCCGAAAGGCCACGCCAUGCGACAGGACUGGUCCCGGACCGGGCACAUCUGCGACGAAUGUUCUCGGAGGGGAACAGCUGCUCGCUGCGGAGGAGGCUGUGACUACGAUCUUUGCGAGAUUUGCUACAAACAUCAUGCGGAGGGCUGGGCUUCGGCAGUGCAGAAGAGGGGUUUCGCCAGUCGAGAUGCAGCCAUGACCUUUGCCAGCCGCAACGGAGCGCCGCUUGGUGGUGUGCUACUCCUGGGUCCUCUACGCUUGGAGCUGGAGGAUCACCCCUGGCUGGAUGGCUGGAGAGAGCUCCGUGAGGCAUCCACGGGAUGGUGCAGGCACCUACGAAGUCUCUUCCGACAGGCGCGUGGACUCAAUCCAGGCCCCAUCUUGCCAACCGCCGGAAUCGACAGGACGGGCGUUCCUGCAGCCCCCGACCGAUCUCCGGCCGGGCUUGUCGUCGAUGUUCGUCGAGGAACGCGAAUCAGGGCUUGGGGGCCACAGGAGAGGUUGGCCAUGUGCGAGAAGGCCGCGGCGGAUGCAGGCGAGUUCAAUGUUUCCGAGUGGGCCACCAAUAGCAGCUCAGUGAAGGGGCUGUUGGCCUGGGCGAGGAGGACUGGCCCUUUAGUGUGGAGAGUGCUGUCCUUGCUGGAUUGGCGAAG